ACACGCACACACACACACACACAAAAACUCCAACACAAACAACCCCUCUCUUUCCCCUUCCCCCCAAUCGAAGAUCGCAAGAGAGAGAGAGAGAGAUAGAGAGGAGAGAGAGAGAGGAAAAAGAAAGAAAAAUGGUGGCGGCUCUCGCUCGCUUCUCCCGCAAAACCCUAGCCUCCGUCCCCUCCUCCCUCCGCCCCCUCCUCAGCCGCGGCUUCCCCCUCUCCUCCUCCUCCGAGACGGCGGCGGCUCAUCCGGCGGCGUCUCCGCCUCCUCCGGCGUCUUCUCCGGCGACCUCCGGGGAUCGGGUGCGGUGGGACUACAGGGGCCAGAGGCAGAUCAUCCCGCUCGGGCAGUGGGUCCCAAAGAUCGCCGUCGACGCCUUCGUCGCCCCCAACGCCGUCCUCGCGGGGCAGGUCACGAUCUACGACGCCGCCUCCGUGUGGUACGGCUCCGUCCUCCGCGGCGACCUCAACAAGAUCACCCUCGGCUUCUCCUCUAAUGUCCAGGAGCGAUGCGUCCUCCACGCCGCGUGGUCCUCCCCUACAGGACUUCCAGCCGAGACAUCCGUCGAUCGAUAUGUUACAAUCGGCGGGUACUGUCUCUUGCGCUCGUGCACGAUCGAACCUGAGUGCAUAAUCGGCCAACACUCGGUCCUCAUGGAGGGCUCGUUGGUCGAGACCAACUCAAUCCUCGAAGCCGGGUCAGUUCUCCCGCCGGGCCGGAGGAUUCCGACCGGCGAACUUUGGGCCGGAAACCCAGCUCGGUUUGUUCGGAAACUCACCCACGAGGAGACUCUGGAGAUCCCGAAGCUUGCGGUGGCUAUUAACGAUCUCAUGCAAAGCCAUUUCUCGGAGUUUCUUCCCUACUCCACUGCUUAUUUGGAAGUCGAGAAGCUGAAGAAGGCUUUUAACAUUCCUCUAUGAAGAAGCAGUUUAGUUAUUGCUUUACUGCUUUUGCGAGAAUAAGCGGCGAAAACAACUAUUUUGAUACAUUUUGAUACUGUAAGACCAUCCUUUUCUUGGGUAGAAGGAAUGUGCUACUUCUGGGUGUUUGUGUAUGGGUUUUAUGUACUAUUUAUGGAAUUUCAAUUUCUCUUUUUUUUUUCUCUUCUUAUCUUGUUCGUUUUGAAGUAAAACUGAUCUUAUGGCUUCGAUCUAAUGUUAUUGUCGCGAACAAGCGGUUGACCAUUGUAGAAUAAGAAAGUAAGAUUUUAAUCUUGGUAAA